AUGGCGAAGAAGGAUGCCGAAUCGGAUACGGAAUCUGAACCUGAAUUCGAAUCGCAUCCCAUCAUCCACACUAACACCAUGAUGCGGAACGGCAAAUAUCGAUAUCACAACUAUCUUCGGGAUACCAAUGACAAUUGUGCUUUUUGUCACGACUUCCUCUUACAGGCGUACCGUGAACGGCGAUUCGGCUCGUUUCCUCCUCCUCCACCCUUGAUCGCGCCUCCUCCGCCUCCUCCGCCGCCGCCGCCAAUGCCUCAUGAUCCUUUCCAGCUACCCAUUCGGCCGCCACCACCUCCUGUUUCAGUACCGCCACCACCUCCACCAUCACCACCACUACCACCUCCCCCUCCUCCACCACCUCCACCACCACCACCACCACCUCCUCCUCCUCCAGUCGUAUAUUGUCCACCUCCACCUCCACCUCCACCCCCACCUCCACCCCCUGGGUGCAACAGUCUCACGUAUAAUCCCAGUAUCGAAGUCCAGUCAUCUGAGACGCUGAUUCCAGCGAGCUACUCCGGUGAAAGUGUUCAGAAUCCAAGCAGAUUGGUCCGAAUCCUGCCAUUUCGCCGCAACGUGUUUGUAACUUCGCACCGCGCGCAAGCUACCGACUUCAACGAGUUCAAAUGGUUGUUCCAGUACGGAACCACGGAGACUUGGUACGAGAAGCCCAGCAACGCUCUCCUCGGGCGCAUGAAAUGUGCACAAUUGUCCGAUCGUGAACCCGACGAGCUUCCCUCAAGCAAUCCGAAGCCAACCGAGAUUCAGACGCCAAAGGUCUGGGCAUCCGCUGCACUGACCACGCCUACGGAUGACGACACCUACGAAUGUACUGCCGGCCAUGUUUCCGAUGUAGUCGGAACGUCCUACAUCAGGACAUGCCAGCAGUGUACCGACGCGAGGUCGGAAGCUCUAGAAGCCACAGAUCUAUCCCACUGUCUCGUCUUCAACAGCUCGCAAGCUCAAGACAUGUUCGUUCCCGGUACCGGCGGUCGACAGAUCUAUAAGCUGGUCAAGUGCGGUAGCAGGGAAGCAGCUGUUGCUGAGGUUUUUCAUGCUACUGGGCUGAACGGCUGGAAUCUGGUUUUCAGCUGCGUCUUGAGAGCUGCCGAGGACAUUGAAGGCAGAAGUGGGAAGUUCAAGAAAGUGGAGGACUUGUGGAUGCUUGCUAAUGACGAUGAUGAUGAUGGAGAGUCUGUCAGAGUCUUCUACUAA